AUGCCGAGAAUAAAACAUCACCGCUCGUCGCGUCGCGUGCCCCCGCCCAAAGAUAGCGACUUCGACCACGAGAUCAACCUCGUUGACAAGUCCGAGGCCGAGGACGACUCCAUCGGGCCUCCUACUGCGGGGCCGUCUUCGUCAUUGCAGGACUCAACACGGGAGUCAGCACUAGGGGUAUCUGAUCGUGAGAAUGGUGAUGCCAGCAAUGCGCGAGUAGGUGUAGCAGACGAGGAGGAACGCCCGCGCCCGUCCAUCCACAUCAAUGAGCCUACACCAUUACGAGAAGACGUCGUCGACGCUGUCAACGCUGGGACAGCAAGGAGGAAGAGUGUGAGCAAGAAAAAGGCGCCUGAGUCGGCAAUCGAGAUUCUCUACGAGAACCAAAGAGGCGGCUUCCUCUGCGGGAUACCUCUUUUCUCCUCCAAAGCCCUGGGCAACUUGGACCCAACAGCAUGGACGAACUACGCCCACAAGCCCAGCCCGACAGAUAUACACACAGCUCAGGUGCCCGAUCCUAGCUGGGAGUGGGCUUGGCCGGAGUGGAAAAUCAACAAGGACGACAAUGUCGACGAUGAGGGCUGGGAGUAUUCGUUUGCAUUUUCUAAGAAGUUUUCAUGGCACAAGGCGAGAUGGUGGAACUCGUUUGUUCGUCGUCGAGCAUGGAUCAGGAAACGGGUCAGAAAAGAUUCCGGGUACAUUGCACAGGACCCCCAAAUGCUCAAUCCCGAGUACUUUUCCGUUCGACCGUCGUCAGAAAUGAGUCGUGAACGCGAACGCGAACGCGAACGCAGCUUGAGCAGGAUGAGUAAACGGACUGCCAGCCUCCGAGGCAGCAGACUUAGCAUGAGCUCAACGAAAUCAGGUGGUGUCGAACAACCAGACGACAUCGAGCAUGUUGGCGAUCUUCUGGCCGUACUGCGGACAUCCCGAAUCGACCGGGAAAAGAUCGAGGCAGUGGACAACUACCUUGAACAUGCACAGGAAGACCUGGCAGGGCUACAGAAGGUGAUGCAUGAGAUCAUGUCACUCUUUGUAUUUCAGGCCUCGAGGAGGGUCUUGCUGACGAGAUUGACCGAGAUCCAUGAUCAAACGGUGGCACAAAGCAAGAAAGGCAAGGACGCAGAUGGAGAAUUACAACGGCGGGCGAGGAAUCUCGCCGACGCAGUCAAGCAUGCAGAUGAGGAGGUAAGAAAGCUUGAGUACUGGAGCGACGUCAAGGGAAUGGCUGAGGAGGGCGAUUCGACAGGAGCAGUGGAUCAUCGAAAGGGGUGGGAUCCGUCGUGGCAAGGCGUUGAUAAAUCCGGCCCUUCAGAGCCAGCUCCUCCAAACGGCGAGACCAAAAAUUGA